CUGACCCGAGGAGCGUGUUGCGGCUGGCGGGGUGACUGCCUGUGGGUGUUGCACAGACCGGAGCUCCAGGGCAGGACAUGAGCUCCAGGACCGCCCCGCGGCUGAUGACGCUCCAGAGACACCUCGGCUGGCCGCAGCUCAGCAAUUCUGCCUGCCCCUGGGCAGAAGGGUUGUUUGCUCUCCUCACAAGACAAUCGAAGACUCAGUUAGGCCUGCCCAUGCAGGCCCCACGGAGAUCACGUGGACUCUCUCUACUCAGACUGGUGCCAUGGCUAUGGAGAACAGCCCACUAACCACUCACGUGCUAGACACUGCCUCAGGGCUCCCUGCCCAAGGCCUCUGCCUUCGGUUGUCUCGUCUGGAGGCCCCUGGCCAGCAGUGGAUGGAGCUGAGGACAAGCUACACAAACCUGGAUGGCCGCUGUCCUGGGCUCCUGACACCAGGCCAGAUAAAACCAGGCACCUACAAGCUGUUCUUCGACACGGAGAGCUACUGGAAGGAGAGGGGUCAGGAGAGCUUUUACCCGUAUGUAGAGGUUGUUUUCACUAUUGCACAGGAGACCCAGAAGUUCCAUGUGCCUCUGCUGCUGAGCCCAUGGUCCUACACCACCUACCGGGGGAGUUAGAGUGGCGCAUUACCCGAGGAAAGCCGUCUGUCCGACUGGCCCUUUCCCUGACUUAGCCACCUACAGUCAACGGCAUGGGCUUUGUCCCCAUGAAGGGACGUGAAGUUGCUGCUUGCUGAAGAGAUCCUAGCUGCCCUGGAGUUUCCUAGUGGGCGGCUGUGACUUGGGUGUCAAUAAAGUGAGUUCCAACACC